AUCUCCACGUACCCGUUGCCGUCCUAGAAAAAUAAGCAGGGCAACAGAAACACACAAAGACAAAGCUCAAGCCGGGCAGAGAAACAGAGCGUCGGCGUCUCUCUGCUUCCUGGGGGUGAGUCAACAUAUCGAAUUCCCUCACCAGAUCGUUUUGGCGGAUUUUGAGGGCAAUAGGGAUCUGAGAAUCGAUGGAAAGAGAGCUUGUAGAGUUGUUUGAGGCCGCGAAGAAAGCCGCAGAUUCCGCUGCUAGUGACGGAGUUUCCUCCAAUGGACCGGAGGUGGUGAGGUGUGUAGAUGCGCUGAAACGGCUCAAGAGUUUUCCGAUAACGUAUGAUAUUCUGGUAUCCUCUCAGGUCGGGAAGCGGCUUCGACCUCUCACAAAGCAUCCUAGGGAGAAGAUCCAAACUGUGGCAUCUGACUUGCUAGAGAUUUGGAAAAGGAUAGUCAUUGAUGAGACCACCAGAAAGAAAAAUGGUGUCGUUGAUAAUAAAAGUUCAGGGAAAGCUGAGGUUUCAAAGGUAGAGACCAUUAAAGUUGAGAAGAUUCAAAAAUCAAGCACAGUUAAGGUUGAUAAGAUUGAUCGGGAAGAAAUAAUCAAGGUUGAAAAAAUAUCCAAGGAGGAGAAACAUGCUUCUAAUUCGAAGAAGCCAUCUCAGGUCCCUAUUGCUCCACCAAAGCUUACUACGAUGGUAAAAUGUAAUGAUGCUUUACGUGACAAAGUUCGCGAACUUCUUGUGGAGGCCUUGUCCAAAGUUGCUAGUGAGGUUGAUGAGGAUGCGAGGGAUGAAAUAAGGGCAUGUGACCCAAUCCGAAUUGCUGUAUCUGUAGAAUCUGCUAUGUUUGAAAAGAUGGGUCGAUCAAAUGGAGCCCAAAAGUUCAAGUACAGAUCCAUAAUGUUCAACAUGAAGGAUCCAAAUAACCCUGAUUUGAGGAGAAAAGUACUUCUUGGACUGGUCAAACCAGAGAGACUCAUCACAAUGAGCCCUGAAGAAAUGGCAAGCGAAAAGAGACAACAGGAAAAUAACCAAAUUAAAGAGAAAGCAUUAUUUGAUUGUGAGCGUGGUGGUGGACCAAAAGCCACAACCGAUCAGUUCAAGUGUGGUCGAUGUGGUCAGCGCAAGACCACUUACUAUCAGAUGCAGACUAGGAGUGCUGAUGAACCAAUGACCACGUAUGUAACGUGUGUAAACUGCAACAACCGUUGGAAAUUCUGCUAGUGUGGACUUUGAUGGGACUGCCGGUCUGUGGAGCACAUAUGGAGCUUUUUAUCUGCUAAGCUCCACUUCACUUGUAAUGAAUCAUCAUCAUUGGAUAUCUGGACGAAAGAUCUUUCAUUAGUAUCUAUUUGCUGUAGGGGUAUUUGUCUUCUCAUUUAGGAUUAUGCCAGAUUUUAACAAGGGAACCUUCUUCUCAGCACAUCAAGAUGUGUCAUUUUUCAUUUUUGUUAUGUCUUGUAGGCUUUUUCCUGUUAGUUAUUCAGGAUGGUUCAUACAAGUUAUGACCGUGUGAAGACUUUAGCAGAAGCCUUCCAGCUUCAUAGCGUGCAAUGUUUUUCCAAGCAUACUUGGAUUUGAAAUCAGAGUUGGAGCAGAGUGCGGUGGGACAACGGAGGCUACCCGCAUCUUCGGCGCAUUGAAAUGCUUAAGUUUUAGAGUAGGUGACAACUUGCUUUGUAUUUUAUGUAGAUGGUCUGCGUUAUUGUUUUCUGAAGCUUUCCCAUUAUGUCUCAAAUAGAUGGAUUCUGGUAUUUUUUCAGAAAAUGAAAAUAGACAGCGUGGGCAUGCUUACUAGC